AUGGCCUUCGCCAAAUGUAUCGACUUCGAUUACCAAGCGACGCUCUCAAAGUACGUGCUGAGAAUGAUUCACCCGCAAAAGGGACGAAGAUCCAUCGUCGGAGGUCGGAUUCGACUCCACCAGCAGAUCCGGAGAUUAGAGCUGCAAGCGAAAUGGGAACGCAUUCUACCUUCGGCUCCACCACCGACACUGUCAGCAUCGUACACUUGCUUUGCAUCCAAGUACAACCCCGCAAAGCAGGCCCUCACUCAGCUACGGCAGACGCCUCUCAGUGUUUUCCGCCUUGCCAACCUGACCUUGCCCGCUGUUUCGUAG